AUGAAGAAGGUGGAACGACCUCGGCCCAUAUUCGACAGAGGAGGUAUGGACAAAUCAAAGUACUGUGCAUUCCAUGACGGACCGGGACAUACUACUGAUCAAUGCUGGGACCUUCGAGAUGCGGUGGAGAAAUUUGUUCGAGAUGGAAGGUUACGUCAAUACGUGAUAAAAACUCAAGGUUCCAGAAACAACAAAAAGAAGUUGGGAAACAAAAAUCGGAGCAAAAGCCCCGUUCCUGAAAAGAAGAACAAACAUGGAGCCCUGGGAGGAGGAGGAGAUACUGUAAGUGCUAGAAGAAAAUACCUGAAAGAGGUACUCUCUAUUAGAGAUCGUCCCAAGUUCAAAGAAGACCCAACCAAGUCAGACCCUCCUUAUUUGUACUUUACCAAAGAGGACAUGCACGGUGUGGUUCCGGGUCAUGUUGACGGACUGGUCAUUGCUGGGACCUUAGUGAAUUGCCAGGUUCGGAAGAUUUUCGUGGAUGCAGGGAACUGUGCUGACAUCAUACUCUGGGACGCUUUCAAAAGAUGA